AUGGAUGUCAGCGUAAUGCGGACCUUCAAAAAGAAGAUCGAAGACCUCUACGUGCAUUAUCAUACCGACCAUCCUUUCCCAGCUGACACAGCAGAACGCCGUGUGAUGCUAUCUAUCUUGGUAGCGAAAGCAUGGGACAUGGUCAAGGCAAAAAGUAUUGUAAAAGGUUUUCGAAAGGCAAAACUGCUUCCUAUAGGUCCUACAGAUGUGUCCGAUGUCUUUGCAAUGUACCUCCACUCACUGCCAGAAGCUGCUGUUGUCGAUGAUGCUUCGGACAUCGAAGACGAAAGCUUUGAUGACUGA